GCGCUCUUUCUCUCCCUCCCUUUGCAUGUGUUCAGCUGCUCCAGCUGUCGGUCUCCCCACUCACUCUCUCAGGGUCAUACAGGCAGGAGUUUAAGGGACCACUUCUGUACGCCAACUCAGCCGGGACGACCGCAGCUAGCAGAAGGACACACUGGUCAGAGGGAGAAGACACAUCCGGAAAGAUUCAGCUAUACCACGUCUUGGCUGCCCGUGUCAUCUGUACAGCAGCGCUACCUGUCUGUUAGCAGUGUGUGUGUGUGUGUGUGUGUUUGUGUGCAUGUUUACGUGUGUUCCCAUCCCAUCUCCCGCAAAUUAGUGCAUUAGUAUGCAGGGUGCUUGUGUGUCAAUCUUGUGCGUGUGCAUAUGUGUGUCUGUGCUCCUCCGCAGUGCUAUUUCACAGCCGCCCACAGAAAGUGACACCUACACGGAAUGCACAGAUGGGUAUCACUGGGACCAUCAGACUGAGCACUGCAAAGACAUAAACGAGUGUGAGACCAUUCCAGAUGCCUGCAAAGGGGAAAUGAAGUGCUUCAACCACUACGGAGGGUACCUGUGCCUUCCCCGCUCUGCGUCAGUCAUCCCGGCCCCAGAGCCCGCCAUCACGCCCACCGAGACCAACCCCUGCCCUCUGGGCUACGAGGUGCAGGGAGACAGCUGUGAGGAUAUCAACGAGUGUGAGCGAGACGAACAUGACUGCCAGCCCAGCCAGGAGUGCAUCAACACACUGGGUGCCUUCACCUGUCAGUGCCCUGAUGGUUAUCGCAAGGUUGGCACAGAGUGCAUUGACAUUGAUGAGUGCAGGUACAGGUACUGCCAACAUCGCUGUGUCAAUGUCCCCGGCUCCUUCUCCUGUCAGUGUGAACCUGGUUUCCAGCUGGCAGGAAACAACAGAUCCUGCAUUGAUGUGAAUGAAUGUGAGAUGGGUGCCCCCUGCUCUCAGAGGUGUUAUAACACAUACGGCACUUUCCUUUGUCGCUGUGACCAGGGCUAUGAACUGGGGCCUGAUGGCUUCGCUUGUAACGACAUUGAUGAGUGCAGCUACUCCAGUUACCUGUGCCAGUACCAGUGUGUCAACGAACCUGGGAAGUUCUCCUGUGUGUGCCCAGAAGGAUACCAGCUGCAGGGCACCAGACUAUGCCAGGAUAUAAAUGAAUGUGAGACAGGUGAACAUCAGUGCACCGACACGCAGACCUGCGUGAACAUCCACGGACGAUACCAGUGUGUGGACACAAACCGCUGCCAAGACCCUUAUGUGCAGGUGUCUGAGAACCGCUGUGUGUGUCCUGUCAACAAGCCCGUCUGUCGAGAUCUGCCUUUCUCCAUCGUCCACCGCUACAUGAGCAUCACCUCUGAGCGCUCUGUCCCCUCCGACAUCUUCCAGAUUCAGGCCACCAGCGUCUCUCCAGGGGCUUACAACACCUUCCGCAUCCGCUCCGGAGAUGAAAAUGGAGACUUCUACAUCAGGCAAAUCAAUAAUAUCAGUGCUAUGCUGGUGCUGGCCCGCGCUGUGUCGGGGCCCAGAGAGUACACGUUGGACCUGGAGAUGGUGUCAGUCAACCCUCUGCUCAGCUACCAGGGCAACUACCAGACCAGCUCCGCCCUCAGACUCUCCAUCUACGUCGGGCCGUACUCCUUUUAAAGACGAAGAAGAGUGGAGGGACACAGAGAAAGAUGGAGAGGGAGAGAGAGCUGGGGAGAUAAAAACGGAAAAUGAAGCUGUAAAACAAAAGUGGUCGAUGCAGUUCAACCAGUCACUGUGAUGUUACACUCUUUAUACACUUUUUGUACUUCCAAAGAAAGCCACACAUUUCUGUCAGCCAUAUACAUUCAGUACAGUAUACAAAUGUAGCAGUAAUGUCUAACAGAUAAAUAACAGCCCUGAAAUAAUUCAGAUUUGUUCCCUUGUGUUUAAUGUGUUACGUUUACUGUUAUUUUUUAAUCGACACCUAUCUGACAGCAUCAUUCUGUGGUCAAUGUGUAUGAAAAGGGAUUUUAUUUUCUUCACAUCUGCUCAGGGUGAUAACAAAUCUGUGUGACAUAUUUCCCGUCUGUCUUCAGGUGGAGAUAUUCACGCCCAGAUUAAUCUGUUUUCACCAGUUUACAUCCUUAUCUGCGGCUCCGCUCUGUUUGUCACUUUAUUCGUGUCAGCCCCAUUUCCUGUUGACAGACGUGAUUCAGUAACCACUCAGAUCAGACCUCAGCAAUCCACGCUCCUCCGUCACCCUCCACUGUUCAUUCCUAUGUACAAGCGCUCCAUCACUGCCUUUUGUAGGUUUGUCACAUUGCUGAUUGUGUUGUACUUUGUUUUUUUUUUUUGUCUAAGAUUUAAACCCAAAUAAAACAAUAUACCUUUUC